ACACAAGCAAUAUUCAAUCUUACCGUCUGUUCUCUCUCACUCUCUAUACGAUGGCAGGGAAGUGUACUUUGGCAAGUGUUCUAGGGUUAUUUUUGGUAUUUACACUUUUCCACAACCCUCUCAUCGUUGCCGGACAAAAUAUCCCGGCGGUGGCUUUGUUCACUUUCGGUGACUCCAACUUCGACGCCGGAAACAAACAGACUCUCACCCAAUCAAACGUUGCCCAACAGUUCUGGCCGUACGGUAAAUCCAGAGAUGACCCUAACGGCAAAUUCUCCGACGGAUUCAUCGCUCCUGACUUCGUCGCAAAAUUCAUGGAUAUUCCGAUCCAAAUCCCGGCGGCGCUUAAGCCAAACGUCAAUGUUUCACGUGGAGCUAGUUUCGCCGUGGCUGAUGCUACUCUUCUCGGAGCUCCGGUGGAAUCGUUGACUUUAAGUCAACAAGUGAGGAAAUUCAAUCAAAUGAAAGCAGCAAACUGGGGUGACGACUUCAUCAAGAAGUCAGUGUUUAUGAUAUACAUUGGUGCUAACGACUACUUGAAUUUCACCAAGAACAACCCUAACGCCGAUGCAUCUGCUCAACAAGCUUUCGUCACUUCAGUGACAAACAAGUUAAAGAAUGAUAUCAGCUUGUUGUAUUCAUCAGGAGCUAGUAAGUUCGUGAUCCAAACCUUAGCACCAUUGGGUUGCUUACCGAUAGUUAGACAAGACUACAAAACCGGAAUGGAUCAAUGCUACGAACCUCUCAACAAUUUGGCUAUACAACACAACGAGAAAAUCGGACCAAUGUUAAACGAAAUGGCUCGAACCACUCCCGGUUUCCAGUUUACUGUCUUUGAUUUCUACAAUGUCAUACUUCGUAGGACGCAGAGAUCCUUCAACUACCGGUUUUUUGUGACGAACGCAUCGUGCUGCGGUGUUGGGACACACAAUGCUUAUGGUUGCGGUUUUCCUAACGUUCACUCCAAGCUAUGCGAGUACCAACGAUCUUACUUAUUCUUUGAUGGGCGUCACAAUACCGAGAAAGCACAAGAAAUGUUCGGUCAUCUUCUUUUUGGAGCUGAUCCAAAUGUGAUCCAACCCAUGAACGUACGCGAGCUCGUUGUUUACCCAGUUGACGAACCUAUGCGUGAGGAAUGGUUACCUACAACGUCAGCUACGGUCCAAGCCAGCAGCUCUAGCUCGCCACUAAGCCGCGGUUACGAGUUCUACUGAGUCUUUCUAUAAACCAGAUCUGGUUUUCAGAAAACCGGAAUCGUAAUGUUUUCAGUUUGUAAUUUCUUUUUCAUAUUGUUCGAGUGAGUUUCCAUCUAUAAUAAAAGAUUGCUCAUUGCAACUCUUACCACGUAUUGGACUGAUUAGAGAGUGAAUCAAUCUAUCGAUCAUUUACGCAAAU